AUGCCUUCUCAACCGCAAACCGUGGACAGCCUACUCAGUCGAACUGCCCAGGCGAGACUUUCUGAGCUGCUCAACAUGGUCGUCCAGGGUAUGAAAGCUAUUGAAGAUGAGUAUGGUGGUAUCAUGGGUCCUGACGGAGAGGGUUGGGACGAUCUUCUCAACCAUAUGCUUCCAGGUUCUGCCGAAUCAUCCGAACCCGCUCCGAAAUCUGCAACCAUUGCUGGUCCUGCCGAUUCCGACACGCCCAUUCAGUCGAAUGCUGAACCGGUGCCUGUCCAUCCAGACUCGGGCGCGACAGGCGUCCCCAAAGAGACCCCCGCUCUUAUCCCGGCAACCAAGCACGACAAACCCCCUGCACCCACACGACCCAACGCUACUGGUGCAUCCGCCAUCCCUGCAGCAGCAACUCCCAGGCAGCUUACGGACGAGCAGCGUCACAAAGAAUGGAAGUCCAUCAUCCACUACAUGGACGUGCGCUCAAAGAUGACACUUGAUCAACUCGCACAUAGCCGCGCUGCAUUCAUCCGUUGGAUCGGCUGGGCUCCGACCAAGGAGGAGAUGAAGAGGGCACGAGAGGCCGCUCGCUCUUCUCUUACAAUUACAGGGCUCCAUGGACCCUGGACCAGUCCAUUCGCGACAGAAAUCUGGUUAAAAGCCGUCCGAGAUCAGAGCAUUGCGAAGGUCAAGGCGCUGAAAAGCACCAAUUGGACCAAGGCCGACCAGCUAGCAGCGUUCAUUGGAGUACGGCUCAAGCAGGAAGACAGGCCCAAACCCAACCCGUCUAUGGAGGAGGUUGUCGGCGGUUCAAGCUCUGGUCCCAACUCUUUGAUUGUGAGGCUCAAGUUAAAGGCUGACUCACUCCUGCAUGAACGUAACCAGCCUCAGCUCCAAGAUCAGCCUCAGCUCCAGGAUCAGCCUCAGCUCCAGGAUCACUCCCAAGGCGAGCCACCGAACAAUGUCGCCCUGGCUAACUAUCAAAAUGAGAGCAUACCCUUCGUUAGUGCAGGAGUCCAGCAACCACCGGUUGCAUCCGUCGAACAGCAGCUCGAUCUGGAUCACGACCUCAGCGCUUAUAUGCACCGCACUCUCCACGAAGCUCUCAAUGAUCGGGUCCCGGCCGGAGUUCCUCCAAUUGAAACGAACUUCGGAGUCGAUCCCCAGAUGACUGUCCGUCAGCACCCAAUGGGCGCUUACCCUGGCUUCGACGAAUUCUCUGGACAGCAAAUGAACCAACACAUGAACCCGCACAUGAACCUAACGCCGUUUGGCCAACCAAUGCCAACUUACCCGAUUCAAAUGCCUACCUCCUCCAGCUGGGUAAACCCUCUUCAAUGGAUCACAGAGCGUGCUUCUAGCCUUGGUCGACCCCUCAUCCGGUCCUCUCAAGAUCAGGUUGGCACGCCUACGCAGCCUGACCAAGGGGUAUCCGCCGACAAUUCGAGCAAGGAGAUCAAUGACACUAUCAAUGUCGUUUCGGCUACUUCGGAGCGAGACCAGCCUGUCGGCGAGGAUGACGAUUAUGAUGACGGCGCUAAUCCCAGCGCUCAGCUCCACAACGAAAUGAUGAUGCAUUCGUCACCCAAGGAUACCGGGGCAGAGAACCGAGCCAAGCAUGAUCAGGAGCAUGGAGAGCAACAGACCCAAAAACCGUCCAGCCGUGAGCAGCAGCGAGUUUCAGCCAUGAAAAAGCAGAGUCUCACUGAGAAGCCCGCCAAAAAAGCUCCCAAGACUUCCACAGCUAAGACAAUAGGACCUAAGGGCAAGCUUCAUAAAAGUACCGUCCCCAGCUAUAAUUAUAGUGCUGAUGUCACUCCUGAUCCGCGUGUCAACGGACUCAUCGCCUACAUUCUCGCUUCUUGGCGCUAUGAGUACAAGGCGAAUCUUACGGCAGAUACCACAGCAAUGGAACAGCUAAUCACACAUACAACUGCCGCUAUCUCCGCUCUACUCCUUGAUAGCCAAGCUCGAAGUUCGACGAGGGGCCUCUUCCGCUGGGGUGAACAUGAGCUGACAUGGGAGAUGUCGUUGAACCAGUUGGACAAGUUUGUUGAAUUGCGUGCCCUGAAGAAGAAGGAAUUCGAGGAGAAAAGCGCUACAGAGCGUGGAGGACCUACAAAUACGAGCAACGCGAAAGCUGCUUCUUCAGCAAACACGCAACAACCUACACCUCUGAUGUCCAGCACGACAACGAUGCCGAAAUCCAAGUCCACUCGUACCUAUCCCGACUCGUCCAUCGUCGCCAUUUCUGAACUGACACCGGAUCCUCGUGCCAACGCCUUCGCCGCUCACCUCGCUAAGACCUUCUACCGGGAUUAUGGCAUCGACCUCAUGGCCGAAGAGUCCAGCAGGCGUAGGCUCAUGAUGCACGCGACCCGCAACGAGCACCGAUUGCGCGGCGCCAAGGAGAUGUCCAACUACGAAAUGAACUUUCACGCCGACAAGGACCUCCACUGGAAGAUCAACGGCUUCCGGCUCGACGCCCUGGAGCAGGAAUGGGUGAAGCGGUUUCCGCCCGCCGAGAGCGAAAGUGAGGCAGACGAAGUGGAAGACAACGAUGACGACGGUGACGGUGACGGUGACGUGGAGAUGGGCAGUACGAACGGCGACGACAACGACGCGGACAUUCCUAUCGAGACUCAGCACGCGAACAGCGGCGACCCAGCCCCUCAAGACCACCCUUCCCAAGCCAACUCGACCCUCACACCAACCUCGGACCUCGCCUUCCCGACCUCCCAACGCUCGCCUUCCCCCGCCGCUCAUCUCAUCCCACCCAGCUCGACGAAGAAGAAGAAGAAGCGCCACCACUCCCCCUCCCCCUCCCCCCCUAUCCAGCAGCACGACGACGAUUGCAACGACGACGAUUGCAACGACGACGCAAACGACCAGCAGCGGCACUGGCAGGAGGAAGAUGAAGACCCCCGCCGCCCCAGAAAAAUCCCCCGCCUCCACUCCGCCGACCCGCUACUACCUCCCCCGCCCUCAUCUCCGUUUUCUUCUCCCCAGCAGCAACAGCAGCUGCUGCUGCUCCACCGCCACCACCGCACGACGUCCGCGUCGGCGGUCACGCUUCCGCCACUUCCUGCUGCACGGACCGCUACCGCUUCGGAGCCGGCUUUGCAGGAGGCGGCUGGUGUUGAGGCUGGGGCUGGGGCUGGGGUUGAGGCUGGAGUUGAGGCUGGAGUUGAGGCUGGAGUUGAGGCUGGAGUUGGAGCUGAGGCUGGGGAUGGAGCUGGAGCUGGAGCUGAGGCUGGAGCUGGAGCUGAGCACGAGGAGACGAUGAUGACAAUGCCGCGAGCUCGUCGGCGCUCCGUAUCCACGUCUUCGACGUGGUCGUGGAUCGCGGAUUUGGCAGUCCCCGAGAUGGAGUUGGCGGAGACGGGCGAUGGUGGAUGUGAUCAUGGUCUUGCUCUUGCCUUUGCCGGUGAGGACGGUGAUGGCGGUGAUGGCGAUGGUGAUGGCACGGCGGGCGGUGCGGGUGCGGGUGCGGAGUGA